AUGAAAUGGCCAAUAUUGAAGAGUCAAGAGGACAAAAUAUUCGCUUUAAAUAUAAUCGGUCUAAAUAAUAUCAUCACUAUUCGUAAAACUUUUGAUAAGCCGCGGUUAGGGAUCCUUAAUACGAAUGGAGAGUGUUAUGGAUUCAUAUUUGUUGACUAUUUAUGGUUUUUGAGACAACUCAGAGAUAUAAUUGAUGAUCACCUCAAAGAGAUAGAUUAUACAUUCAUUGAGAGAAAUGGAUGGCCAGUGGCUACUAACCAGGAGCGCAUGCUAUCAGUUUGGGAUAUUAUAGUUAAUCAAAACAUAUACAUCAGAAGCGGUUCCAUAAAACUUUCAAAUAUAGUCUCAAAUGGAGACAUGAAUAGACCCAUUGAUGAUAUGCCACAAUCAAAGCUUAUGACAAUCAAUGGCAGUAAACCACAGGCCAAUGAAGACUUACAACAAGUUAGUUAUUAUACUACCGGUAUGAAUACAUACAAAUCCGUGGAUUUGGUACAAGCCGACUCAACCGGAGUUAUUUCUCCCGAUAAGAACUCCAAAAACAAAUCAUUUAAAAAGGGUUUUAAUGUUAGUAUCAGACAAACACAGACACAAACUCGAGUGAAAAGUAAAGUGGUUCGGAUUAAAUCAAAGGAUUUAUUAACACCUAGCAAGGGAUGGGUUAUGUUAUCCUAUUGUCGACAAGAAGCGGCUCAACACGCAAUUGAUUUAAAACAAAAAUUGAGACAAUUGGGAUUCAGUGUAUACUUGGAUGUACACGAAAUCCAAACGGGCAGUGAUUGGCAGGACUCACUCAAUGAAGCGGUCAGAGGAUGUAAAGUGUUUGUACCACUCGUGACACCCAUACACCUGGCCACCGGAUUGUUUAGCCAUACAGUUCGCAACAACUCAGUUAAGGGUCCAACUGAGAAGAUUGAUUUGGUGAAGUCGUGGCACGAAAAGCAUAGGGAAUGGGUUUCACAACUCAUAUCAGAACAGAUUGAGAAGAAGAAAUUGUUUCAUUCCGAACAAAUCAAAGCACUUCCGGCACCACAAAGAGCACUGGAAAUGAUUGACGGACCCAAGGAGUCGGACGAUGAUAAGCCAUUGAUUGUAAUCGUCGCACAUCCCCAACAAAACACUGUCGUCUCUCAGAUUAAAUCAUAUUUUUCUGAUGAAUACAACGUCUGGUGCUCUACUGAUCUCCCCGAUGGAAGUCUUAUUGAUGAAGAUUUGACUAACAAUUCUCCGCCUUUUACUCCAAACCAUUUGGCGACCAUUGAUGAGGGAUCGGAGACUGAUGGCAAUGUCUUCACUGAUGGCAAUGAGUACAAAGAUCUUCAAAAUCUCGCUCGAAAUAUCAUAGAAACGAAGAGAAAUAACAAACAGCGCCCGAAAUCCCUGCCCCCCAAUGCGGACCUUACUAUCGAACCCAAGAGACCAUUAACUCGAAUGGCAUCCCAAUCCAGUGAAACGAAUCAUUUAUCUUCACUAACACCUGAAAAAGUGGAUCGAAUGAAGAUAUUUCAGGAACAGAUCAACUCUGCCGGAGUAGUCAUCAUAAUCUGCUCCGAAGCCUAUUAUAAGUCGAGAACAUCUCAACAACUGAUCUUUUAUUGUGAACACCGAAAGAAAAUGAUUUUAAUUCGUUGUGAUGUGAACUCCACUUCAAUCCCCCAAUGGUUCUCAAAUCUGGUUAAAGAGAACGGAACUCUUGUCAGUUAA